AUGUGCCGUGACUUCGCCAGAGGCAAUUGCAAAUGGAAAAACUGCAAAUUUGCUCAUGUGAGCAAUGGCCAAAGCCGCAGUCCAACAAUACCAACCAGCCAGAUCCAACGCCCUGAGCCCCUGGCCCGACGAUCUCAUGGCUUGCAAAAUCCAGAAAAGGCGAUUCGAGCAUGGCAAGGCAGCAUUCCUCUACGCACGACGGUAACCCGUCCCUCCUCUGGGAGGAAAACGACUAUCUUCCAGAAGGCGAGACAGCUGAUUGAAUCUGAUGCCAGUACACGACAAGAAGUUAUCCGGACAUUGGCGAGUGAAGAUGGCUUGCGACUAGUCUUGGACCUUGUCCAGGAGAAUUUCGAAGACAUGGAUCCCGCAACAAGAGACCUAAUUUUCAAGACCCAGGUGCUACCAUUUCUAGAGAUAGUCUCAAAUCCCGAGGUUGUAUCCUCGCUCGUACUGGAGCAGGCAGUGGGUACAAUCUACAAUGUCUUGUUUGGAAUCGACGGGUCCAGAGCAGCGCGAUGGCUCAAUUUCAUCUGUGGCGUUCUCGAAAUCGACACCACCAACGAAGGCAGUGCCAUGUUAUUGGAGGCAUCUCUACACACGUUCUCUCGCAUCGCGGACCUCAAUUCUACGGCUCCUAUCCAGGACAGCCUGCAUGCCGUGGCACAAAGAUUCGAAACUGUCUUUACCUCGAUGAAUAACAAGAAUGGCAUGGGCGGUAGACUUUAUCAAUCUCGCCUGCACCUUGAUCAUCUUCAUCAGCGCAUGGAGGCUGGAAAAUCGCUCCCAGCGGGUACGCCAGAGAAGAAAGCCAAGAAGGAAACGAAAGUCACUUUCAUUACAAAUCAUGAGACCCCCGGGGGCAGACACAACAAUGACUUUGAUGACAUCUGCCAGAUUAAGAUCAUGCCUAGCUUCGAAGAAAUCUGCAGCGUUCGAGCGGAGUACUUGCCCGUUAAUAACCCACUUCAUUGGCACAUUGACGGUCUCGAGGGAUUGCUAGAUCGAAACUUUCGAUUGUUGCGAGAAGAUACUGUCGGUCAACUUCGAGAUGCAAUCCACCACGAACUGAGCCCGCGUGCCCAGCAAUCACAGUUGCGCAAGUUCGUAUAUCCCAAAUCAAUCGUGGUCAAUCUCGAAUUCAAUUGGCUUUCCGGUCUUUACUUCGAAGUCGACUUCCCUCAGCCUGCUGCAGUAACAAACUACACACCCAUGGCCCGGGAGAUGUGGUGGCAGAGCUCAAAACGUCUACAGCCAGGCGCGCUUGUGUGCCUGAUCAUUCAAAAAGAUGUGGUAUUGUUUUGCACCGUGACACAUCAUGAUAUGUCCCCUAGGCGCAGAAGGGAUAACAUCCUCCCAAAUGAUCAUGUCCCUCCACAGAACAAGGCAGAGCCAAGAACGUUGUGGAAGAGCUCUACGAGAGGCUCUGUUAAAUUGAUGCUGGUUGAUUCUCGAUACACCAACACUCAAGUUGUCCUGGACCUUUUUAGUCCCAAAAAGCCCACUAUGUCUCUGGUGGAGUUUCCAGGAGUCAUUCUUCCGGCAUUUGAACCGGCGCUUCAGGCACUUCAAUCGAUUAAGUUAGCUCAAAAUCUGCCUUUCACAGAGCUGCUUGUUCCGUGGGCCUUCGAAAAUUUCAACUUAUCCGAUAUGGCUCCUCCAUCUUAUGCCUUGGAGCCUGGCUUUGCAUUCGAUCUCCGCUGCAUCAUGAAAGACGAUACUAGUUUCUACGUCCGCGUUGGCCAGCCAUCCAACGUGAAAUAUGUACAGGACCAUUCAACACUGGAUGGCGCACAGGCCCAUGCAUUGAUCAGUUGUUUGAAGCGAAAGCUUGGUUUGAUCCAAGGACCACCUGGUACCGGCAAGAGCUACACUGGUGUGGCUCUUGUUAAAGUCUUACUGGCAAAUCAAGAUUUGACUAGAGCAAGACUGGGACCCAUAUUGUGUGUCACAUAUACCAAUCACGCGCUUGACCAGCUUCUUGAGGCUUUGCUGGACAACAAUGUGACAUCGCAAAUUGUUCGUAUUGGAUCUCAGUCCAAGUCGGAGAGGUUGGAGAAAUUCAACCUUCAGACUGUUGCGAAAGAUACAGCAAGAACAAAGAUGGAGAAGAAAGAAAGAUGGAGUACAGCCGAGAGACUCUCAUUGUGCGAGGAGGACUUUCGCACCCUUGACCUGAAAAAGGAAGUCCCCAUUGCUCGUCUCAAGUCCUAUAUCCAGCGGAUAAAUCCUGACCACCACGAUCAGCUAUUUUCACUGGUCCAAGCAGAUGGUUUCUUGGGAGUAAAACCCGACAGUCCUCAGACCGCGAUCACCUCCUGGCUUGAUUCAGCAGCUAAAGACAGUGCCCGUCCACGACCUGUGGAUCAACUCAAGGAUAUCAAUGUCUUCGAGAUGUCCCGAAAAGAACGACGACAUCUUUACAGCCGCUGGUGUCGUGAUUACCGGGCAGAAGUGGACGAAAAAGUUAAGCAAAUCGUUUCAUCGCACAAAGCUGCCAAACAGGGGUACGAUAGUGUCCAGGAUGAGAUGCACCUUCGCUGCCUGGCUCAAGCAGAUGUCAUUGGCGCCACUACAGCAGGACUUGCCCGCAGACUUGAUCUGUUCCGAAGACUUCCAUGCAAAUUCAUGUUGUGCGAAGAGGCUGGUGAGGUUCUGGAAUCACAUCUCCUUACGGCGUUUUUACCUUCCGUUGAACAUGCAAUUCUCAUCGGCGAUCAGCAACAGCUUCGCCCUCAGGUCCAAAAUUACGAUCUUUCUAGCGAGAAUAAUCGGGGUGGUGUGCAAUAUUCACUCGAUGUCUCCUUGUUUGAAAGACUGGUGAGCUCAAAUAAAAGCCCCAUGGACUGUGGAGCUCCUUUCAGCACAUUGGAAACACAGCGGCGAAUGCAUCCAUCUAUGGCUCGGCUGAUCCGUGAAACCCAGUAUCCAAAGUUGAAGGAUGCUCCAUCUGUUUUGGAGUACCCGGAGAUUAUGGGAAUGCGGAAAAGAUUAUUCUGGUUGGAUCACCGACAGCGAGAGGGAGGAUCUGACGCCGAUGCCAUGUCGACCUCCCACUGGAACAGUCACGAGAUUGAUAUGACCGUUUCGCUGGUCAACCAUCUUAUUCAACAAGGUGCAUACAAACACGGAGACAUUGCAGUGUUGACUCCAUAUCUGGGACAACUCCACCGACUACGGAAACGGCUUGAUGAGCUCUUUGCCAUUGUAUUGGGGGACCGUGAUCAAGAAGAUCUCAAACAGGCUGGUUAUGCGGAUUAUGAAGCCAAGGACAAGUCCACGAUCAAAGCAGCCUUGUCACAAACUCUUCGCGUGGCCACCGUAGAUAAUUUCCAAGGCGAAGAGGCUAAGAUUGUUGUGAUAUCCCUCGUCCGAAGCAAUACAAAGAACCAAUGCGGCUUCCUACGCACUCCCAAUCGAAUCAAUGUUCUGUUAUCGCGAGCACAACACGGAAUGUACAUAAUCGGCAAUUCGGAAACCUCGAUCCAUGUUCCCAUGUGGGCUCAAGUCGUAAAGAUUUUGAAGCAAGACCAGAAUAUCGGAAAAUCCCUGGAGCUGCAAUGCCCUCGCCAUCCAGAUACACCGAUUGUGGUGUCGAUGCCAGAAGAUUUCCCAAAGUUCUCCCCUGAAGGAGGUUGCAACCAGCGCUGUAGCGUUGUCCUCGACCGUUUAGUGGCUGUAAUCAUUCAUGCCCUAAGCGAUGCGGGGACAUUUGCCCGGAAAAGUGCAUGGUUAACGUAUAUCAACAGCACAGGAUACUCCCAUGCGGUCAUCAAAUGCCAAACCUUCCUUGUUGGCAAGCUCAAGAUAUCUCAGCAGUUCGUUGUCAGAAGAUGUGUUAUUGCUGCGUCACCAGAGGACCUGAGAGCAUCCCAGCCAACCAUGGAAAUUGCGAGCAACGGUGUGACCGGAGUCAUUCUACAUGCGCCCAUGCCUGCAGCAUUCCCUGCCACGGUGAGAGGCCAUGUCCACCAUGCAAAGCUCCUUGCGAAGUGCAAUGUGGCCAUUCAAAGUGCCCACGAAAAUGCUACCAGCCGUGUACUCCUUGCGCAGAAGAAAAAUGUCUUUCAGCGUGCCCUCACAGCGUCUGCUCAAUGCCAUGUGCAGCCCCCUGUGACCAUGUUCCAUGUUCCAAGCGAUGCGAGAAGAAGCUGGAUUGUGGGCAUCAAUGCCCGUCAGUAUGUGGAGAAAAAUGUCCUGCAUCCUCCUUCUGCCAAACCUGUGGAAACGAGAACAUCAAAAAUCAUCAAGUCGAUUUCAUCCUAG